AACCGUUCUGAGUUGAAUAAAUGGAUUAUAAAAAUGGAUCUGCUGUUAAAGAAUUUAUUUUAGUGGGAUUUUCUGGAGAUUGGCAACUUCAAACUUUCUUCUUUGUGACAUUUACUUUGAUCUAUGUUGCUACUGUGGUGGGCAACAUCCUUAUUAUAAUUACAGUGGCAGCUAAUUCUGCCCUUCAUUCUCCCAUGUACUUUCUUCUUGGAAACCUCUCCUUCCUGGACAUGUGUCUUUCUACUGUCACGACACCCAAGAUGAUCACAGACUUGCUUGCAGCACACAAGAGCAUCUCUUUUCAGGGCUGCAUGGCCCAGAUGUUCUUCAUGCAUUUCUUUGGGGGUGCUGAAAUGACCCUUUUGAUAGUCAUGGCCUUCGACAGAUAUGUGGCCAUAUGCAAACCCUUGCACUACAGGAUAAUCAUGAGUCACAGGUUGCUGAUCAGGUUUAUUAUACUUUCCUGGACAAUUGGUUUCAUACAUACCAUGAGCCAGAUGGCAUUGACAGUGAAUUUGCCUUUCUGUGGAUACAAUAUUGUAAAUAAUAUAUUUUGUGAUCUUCCCCUGGUAAUCAAGCUUGCUUGUAUUGAAACAUACACUCUAGAGUUAUUUGUGAUUGCUGACAGUGGGCUGCUCUCCUUUAUCUCUUUCAUCCUCUUGCUUGUUUCAUACACUGUCAUUCUUGUCAUUGUAAAGCACAAAUCACCUGACAGUCUUUCCAAGGCGCUGUCCACAUUGUCUGCCCACAUAAUUGUGGUCACUCUGUUCUUUGGACCCUGUAUCUUCAUCUAUGCCUGGCCAUUUGGGAGUUUUGCAAGCAAUACAACUCUUGCUGUAUUUUACACUGUUAUCACUCCUUUACUGAAUCCUAUUAUUUACACACUGAGAAAUCAGGAAAUGAAGAAAGCCAUGAGAAAAUUAUGGAUCCAACAAGUUAGCUGCAUGUAGAACUUACAAAUUGAGCUGUUCGUAAUUGCCACAGCCUUUGAAUA